AUGUCUGCAGAGGACCAGAACUCAGACAACAGCAUAGAGAAGACAGCACUGAGGCUCUUCAAAAUGCAUAAGGUGGCAAUUUCCCAUAGGAUAAAAGAUUCAUUUCCUCUCUUUGAACUUCUCCGUGACAAUGAAUUCAUCACCAAUGAAAAGUAUGCUGUGUCUAAAGAAAAUUUUAAUGAAGCUCAUAAUGUAGAAGAAGUGGUAUAUGAUGUUCUCACUGAAGCACAAAAGAAGUUUGAACCAUCCCUUCUGAAAAUAUUAUUCAACGAGUUCACCUUGAAGAAAUACCCUGGUUUAAAUCGCACUUAUGAAAUCUUCAAAAAUGCGAUACCAGACAAAAAUUUUUUUCCAGAAAUUGAUGCACAAGGAUAUGAGGAGAGGUCUCAUAUUCAAUCAAUAGUUGAACAAGAAACAGGUGAAAACUCAGAUCCAAGCCUGCUCCCUGGGAAUAGCCUACAUCCCUUGAAUUACAAUGUCACAUCUGAUAAUGGACUCUCAGAGCAACUCUUGGAAACAGAGGAGACAAAUGCAGUGGAAACAGGUACAACCACUGGCAACAGUGAUGCACUAGAAAGCCAACCAGCAAAUGAACAACGUGCCCAAGAGCUUGAUCCAGCAGGAGCAGAGCUACCCAGCCAUGGAAUCGCAUGGAAUUUCGGCCCUAUACAUCCAGCGAACAUAAAGAAGGAAAAGACUUCUUUUACUGCAGGAGUCGACUGGGAAGCCCAAGGAAGGACUGACUGUAACCAACCAUCUGCAAUAAUAGUGAUCAGCGAUGAGGAUUCCACAGAACACAGAAAUAAAGAGCCCCCCGAAGCCUCUGCCUCAGCACAGAAAAGGAAACCCGAUACUGUGAAUCAAGAAAACAACUCUACUUCAGAAAAGACCAAGAGGAAAAGAAAGUCAGGAAAGCACAAAGAAGAUAAUGUGAAUAUGGAGGCUGAAAUACUUCCUGUGACCUGUGGGGAGCUGGAGGGGAGCUUAAUUAAGAGAAAAUUGGAACGAGGAGUCACAAGGAAGUGCAUAAGAAGUAAAGAUGGAAACUGGUUCACCCUCAGGGAAUUUGAAGUCAGAGGAGGCUAUGAAAAAUCAAGUAACUGGAAGAUCAGCCUGACCUGCGGUGGAAAAACCCUAAAACGGCUGAUAGAGGAUGGAAAAUUACCUAUACCUCCAACAACAUGUGGCAGGAACAAAAAGGGAGGAAACCCAAACAAAUGCAAGAUCUGCCAGGAUGGAGGGAAGCUCUUCUGCUGUGAAAAAUGUUGGGACUUCUUUCAUGAGAACUGUCACCUCCCACCGGUGGACACUAAGAGGAGCAGUUGGAUAUGUACCUUCUGCACAAUAGAAAAUUCUUCAAGAAGUCAGCAGCGUUACAAGGAAUCUGAGGUCCAGGAGAGGGAGAUGGGUCCUGAGGAGAAGUUGAAAUGUGAGUUCCUCCUCCUAAACAUCUAUGACCCUUUAGAGAGUGACGUUUUCCUGAAAAUCCCACAUGAAAAUUAUGUUGAAAAGGCUUCUCAAUGCCUAGAGAGACUUAGGAUGUUGGACAAAAUCAAGAAGCGUCUGAAUGAGGGAGGCUACACCAAGGUGAAAGGUUUUGUGCAGGACACGGACCUCUUCUUUCAGGACCCCAAGUUCCACAACUCAGAACUAAUAAAGGAAGGAUUUGAUAAGAAUUUCAAAGCAGUCUUUGCUAUUCAAGAAACAAAUUAGAACAGGUCACCGGUGUAGUGGAUGCUGUUGGUACCCUGAAAAGUCCCACUUUCAGGCAGAUUUCUUAUCCCCCUCCUGCUGUGAGGGUUUGCUGCCGGUGCCACCUCUCUCAAAUGUAUUGCUUUGGGCCAAAUGGAGCCAGAGUCACCUGAACAUUACAUCUUUUUAGCCUGGGUUUGGAAUUCCAGCCCCAACACUGAACCAACCAUGUGCCGCAAUUCAUGUUCCCGUGCUCCCCAGGGAAUCAGGCUAGCGCUAUUGU